AUGAAGAGUAAUCUAUCAAUCAGCGAUAAAAGUGAGAAAAAAAAGCCCGUGAACGACCGCGUGAUCAUCACCGACGAAGAAAUUGACAGAGAAAUCGAUUUUGAAUUUGAAAAAAUUUAUAUUAGCAGCAUUAAUGACUUUAAUGAUAAAGAAAAAGACAUUAAUGUCGUGAUUAAUGAUGAUGAAGGAGUUAAAUCAUUUAAUAUGAUUAAUUUGGGUGAGGAUCGGCAGGAUACUUACUCGGAAAUUUCAUCGACAGUGAGAAUUCAAAAUGGCGGGCAGAGGCAGGAUUUUUUAAAUCGCAGUUUGAAUGAUAAAAGAGGGGGAAAACCAGUGAGAAGUAUUGAAAGGGUACAGAGGUCAAGACUUGACCCAGGAGUACUGAGAAAAAUACCAAUUUUUAAUAAUAAUUUUUGUGAUCUUUCUAAUAAUGAUUUGAAUGAGUUUCCGGUUGAUUUAAUUGACAGAAUUCAAAAUAUUAAGAUGCUGUACCUUGGGAAUAAUUAUUUAGAAAAAUUACCAGAUGAGUUGUUUACCAAACUCAAGUGCCUGGAAUGGCUGGACCUGAGGAACAAUAAAUUAAAGUCUUUACCGAAAAGUAUCAAGAAUCAUCGGUCGCUAAAAACGAUCUUACUCCAGGGAAAUGAAAUUGAAAGACUGCCAGAGGAAUUAUGCACGCUGGAGAAUUUGAAACUUGUUAAUAUUGGGGAGAGCCAGUGUGUGUUUCCGCCAGAAGAGGUCUGGAGAAAAGGGUUCGCGGAGGUCAAAGAGUUUCUGAGGAAAGAGUGGAACAAAAACCACCCUGAUGAAAUUAUAGAAGCUAGGGAUAAAAAAAUUCUGCCGAUACUGUCCCAAGAUAUGCCGACAAGAAAACAGAACCCAACAAAAAAAAUCUGUUUAAAAAAUUCGCGCCUGCGCGCGAAUAAUUACAAACCUUCAAACAGGUACGAGUCUGGCAAACUUAAAUUACUAUGCAAUAAUUGCGUUAAAUCAUUGAGAAACAAAAAUCACUCGAGUGUCAUCAGUGACCUCAAUGACUCUGGGUAUCAUCUAAAAGUUCAACUGACGCAAAACAAAAACAAAAACAAAAAUAAAAUUAAAAACGAAUUUUUGGACAAUUACGAGGACACCUAUCUCAGUGUCAAUAAUGUAGGGCACAACAAAAAAGAUGCCGCGGUUUUAAUUAAUUUAGAUGAUGAACUGAAGGGUGAAGGCAUUAGAGGGAACAAAGUAACGAGGGUCGAAAAAAUAAGUCUCGCUGAGGAAAUCAAAAGAAUCGAAGACAUUCAGGUUAAAGAACGGGUUUAUAAUGUCAUUACUAAUGACCGCGUGGUGACUAAAUUAAGACCCAUGAGACUUAAUGACCCUAAUUGGAUACUGGGUUUCGUUAAAAAUUACUUGGGAAUAGACAAACAAUAUUUAGGGUCAUGCCGUGUUAAUGGAACUAAUGAAGAAUUAGAAAAAAAAUUAUUAAUGAUAGAAAAAGUUAGAGAAAAAUUGAAUAGACAAGCGGAAGUUCUUCAAAAAGUAAAAGACUACGAGGCUUUGAAAAAAUGGCGGCUAGAUUACAAAAUAAAAUUGCGGCGAUCAAAAAUUCGAAAUUCACAAAAUGAUUAUUCUGAAAUCACUCAAAAAAUUGAUAAAAAAUUUGGAAAUGAAAAUAUUAAUAGAGAAAUUUAUGACGUGGCCGAGGUAUUGAAAGGAAUGAAUUUAUUUGGUGGCGGGAAAAAUCAAACGGAAAAUAAUUUGACAGACAUCACGCGGGAAAUAAAUAAAUUAAAGUCAAUUAGAAAUCAACUAAAAGAGUUAAAGAGGAAAAAUGAAUAUUCACUAGUACCUUACGACCCUAGUGUGCUGGAAAAAAAAAUUUAA